UCCCUAAUUCUCCUAAAUCCUAAAUUCCUAAUCGCUGCUCCUGAGUCACGCACGCGAACUCUUCUCUCUCUCUCUUGCCGCCGCCGUGUCCCGCAACAUCCCAGCAGUUGCCGUCAUCGUCCGCAGCACUAGAACAGAGCGCCCUCCAGCCGCACCAGUAGCUGCCGCGCCUCCAGCUGUCGCCGCCCGCCAGCAGUCGUCGCCGCACGACAAGCUCUCUCUCCCUCUCUGUCUCUGUGCGUGUCAGUGUGUGUAAGCCAAAUGCAGUUUCAAUUUGUAUAGGUAUUCAAUUGGAAGGCAAAGCAAUUGAAGCAGAAUAGACAAUGGCUCUAAGGCGUAUGCUUGGAUUCUCUGAUGGAGAAUUGAUGCGGUCGGAUGCAAAACCAUGUUCGCGGCUGAUGAGGCACACUGCUGGCAUUUGUUCAGUCGGAGGAGCAUUGGGCUUUUGGACGCUCUGCCGCUUGUAUUAUGGUCCUAGAAUAACAGUUCCUCGAACUCUUAGGUGGGCUGCUUGUGGUGCUGUCUCCAUGAGUGCAACCACAGCUUUGUUAGUUCGUCUACUCAGCCCUGAAUGUGAACCCCAAAACAUAGCUGCUUACGACCAGAAAAGAUGACGUUGGUGGUACGUUGCUACUUCUUUGGUGUCUACUAUAUAUGUGGUAGUGGAAGCUUCUUUGAAGAAACUUGUCGUAGCUAGAAAAAUGGAUGCGAUGCAAUAUAUAAAUCUGGGUGCCAGAAAAACAAGAAUCUGGGAUUUGAUCAACUCAUGGUACUCUUUGCUUUCACUGGUUCUUCCAUUUAACUUCAUAAAUAUGAUUUUUAGUUUAAAUAAUGAUUUUUAAUUGCUUUAACCCCCACCCCCAAGUAAAUGAUUAUAAUAUCAGAAGAGCCAUCGAAUGCUAACUGUUGCAUUGGAAUUUCUUGUUAAAUAUCAUCUAUUUGUUUAUGUUGGAGAAUUAGCUUUCCAAGUUCUGGUUUUUCGAAAUUUAUGCGCUGAUGCAUAGAAGGAAGCAAAAGUUUUGAGCAAUCCAUUUCUUCAUUUUUAGGUGAGAGGAUCCAAAUGCACCGAACUUUUUUGUUUUAACUUUAAGAGGGUGUGUAUCUAAGCUUAUUUUAAAGAGUUUACAAGCUCCAACAGCUCAUGAGGUGUAAUUUUUCAAGAACUUAUAACUUGUCAUGUAUUUAGAUAAUUGAACUUAUAAGAUUAUUAUAAAAUAAGUUGGGGCAAGUGAAUUUAUUUUUGUAUUGAUUGCUUGUAAAACCAUGAACUUUGGGUAAAUUUUGGUUUUAAACUCUAACAAAAAGAUUGUGGCUAAUGAAAGAUUUUGAUUUUAACUACUUAGUUUUCAUAAAAGAAAUAUUUAUCUGUAAUAGAUUCUUUUUUUUUUAGGGAAAAUGAGAAAUGAGAAUUUUAGAUCCAAAGUUUGGUCAGAAAAUGAAUAAAUAUGCCAAAUGUGAAGAAAUUAAUAGUUACGUAAUUUUAAUAAAGAUUUUAAAGUUCAUGUGCAAAAUGAUAAUUUGUUGAAAGUUCAGUAAUUUAUAUGCAAUUAAUCUUUUUAUAAAAUAUAAAUAUCUUUUAAAUUUUAUCUUUCAAAAUGGUUAUAUAUCCCCUAGUAAAAAACCCAUUACUGAGGAGAAAGGGAAACAAAGGAAAAAUGGAAAGCAAAACCACACUCCCACUCCACUCCUCCACACCCCUCCCCCGCCGCAUCCCCAACCGGGUGUUUGCACUUCUCUACUCCGCCGCCGUCUCCGCCCUACUCUACCGCCAUGCAACCGCCCUCCUCCGCCCCGCCGCCGCCGGCUCCUCGCUCUUCAUAUCCCUCUCCAUGCUCGCCGCCGACAUCACCCUCGCUUUCAUGUGGCUGAACUCGCAGGCCUUCCGCGUCAACCCCGUCGCCUCGCACCCCUUCCCCGAGAACCUCCUCCACCCGCCGCGGGAGCUCCCGGCGCUCGACGUGUUCGUAUGCACGGCGGACGCGUCCAAGGAGCCGCCGAUGAGGGUGGCCGCCACCGCCCUGUCGGCCAUGGCCUACGACUAUCCGCCGGAGAAGCUGUCCGUGUUCAUCUCCGACGACGGAGCGUCGGAGCUGACUCUGUUUGCUUUGAUGCAAGCUGCCGAGUUUGCGAAGAAGUGGCUGCCGUUUUGCAAGGAGAAUCGGAUCAUGCAGCGCUGCCCCGAAGCGUAUUUCGGGUCGGGUUUUGCCACGUUUGAUUCCAAAACUGAGAAAAUUAAGGUAACUUUUUUUUUUU